GGUGUGCAGGAGGCAGCUGAUCGGUGAUUCUCAUCAUUGAUGUUUCUAUCUCCCUCUCCCUCUCUGAAAUCCAUAAAGAUAUAUAUAUAUAUAUAUAUUUUUUUUUAAAUAAAAAAGCUGGCCUGCUGAACCAGCCAUAUUUAAAGCAUUACAUCUGAGAAAAAUAGUUGAAAAUCAACAAAACUUUGUGUUUCUAGAUGAUCAAACUUGGACUUGAAGAUGUUAUUGACCCUAGGUCUCCUGUUUCCUCUGUUUACUUUUUAUUCAAAAUGCACUGAUUCUGUGAAUGUACCUUUGUAUAUUAACAAGGAAAGAAAGUAUGUGAAUUGACAUUAACUAGUAACUUUGAUUGUGUUAAAGGGAUUAUCUAUGGGCUUAAGGGAAAGAAUUGAUAUGCUUAAAGAUAAUAAAAGUGACUCAAUAUUUGUAGAACAGUUACGAUGAAAUCAGUUUUAAAAAGAUAUGCUUGAUCUUUGUCCUGAGAUUUCUGUUUUUGUUGAAAGGCAAAUUUCCUGCCUAUUAUACAAAAACUGUAACAUUUCCUGGCCCUUAGUUCUUUUAAAAAAUAUGUGUGGAAGGUAGAAUAGCAUUACUUAAGAUUUCCAUUUGUGCAAUGUAUUUUCAGUUAUUAUCAGGAUUUAUAAGCAAUGCUUGAUAUAACAUUCAUUUCCCAUAAGCUCUGUUUCAAUUCUGCCAUCUUUAAAAAAACAACAACACAUAUUUCUAGUAGAUAUAUCCAUUCCUAGAACAGGCGAUUCCACAGGGAUGCUUGUAUGUUAGUGAAGAGAUUCCUCCGCCUUCAUGUAAAAUCCAUGCUGUUGUUUGAAGUGAGAGUCCCUAUUGUGCAACUAUCAAACCUCCUGAUCCAUUUCCGUGGUGUAACAGCCACAUUUACCUGUUUUAAACAGAAGAAAUGGCUUUAGCUAUUUAGCUGUACAAACAUAUUUAUUGAAUGUGUUUUCUGAACGGAUCCUGUGAUAAUGUGCUAGAGAUUUCACUGUGAUCAAGAUAAACACAGUCUCUGCCCAUAUCCAACUUAUAUUUUAGAGGAAGAUAAUAGAUAAAUACCAGAAUCUCUAUUUUACAGAGAGGCUAGGAAGGAAAACAAUAUGGUGAUGUGAGGGAGUAAUUGAUGGCUUGAUUGGGUGUGGGGUCCUAAUUUAGACAAGGCUUCUCUGUGGGGGUGGGGCUUUUGAACUGAGAAUGAGAGGAAAGCAGACGACAGCAUGUGCAAAGGGGCUGGAGGUGGUCAGAGAUGAGACCGUGGCCUGCACACUGAAGUCUAGUAAAGAGAGGAGGUUGGAGAAGUGUGGAGGGGCCAGCGUUUAGGUGGGGAUGCUAGAUCCGAUGCACAUUUCAGGAAGGCUGUUGUCAGGGCAUGUGGAUGUGAGCGGGAUGUGAUUUAGCAGAGUUGGAGGGAGAUCUUCGGAAGCUUUGAGAGAAAUUUUAGUGAUUUGGAUCAGGGAUGUGGUGAUAGAAAGGGAGAGGAAAGGGCGUGUUUGGAAGUGGAACCAACAACACCUGCUGAUGUGGAGGGAAAGGGAAGAGGAAUUUAGGAUGACCCCCAGGUUUUGGCAGGAGGGUGAGGGAAGAAUAGUAACAAAACAGAUCCUGAAGGGCCAAAUUAAACCAUAAUGUGAUGCCCUUUCACACCACCAAGACGAAAAGAAAAAAAACAAAAACGUAAAGGAUGACAAAACCAAGACUGGGGAUGAUGGAGAGCGACUUGAAGUACGACAGUGUUGGAAUACUUUUUGACAUUAAUUGCCCAAAUCGGAUAUCCACAAAUUCUAUGCACUCUUCAUUCUCCCUCUCCCCCAAAUUCCCUUCGCCUUAAGACCACCAGAGGGUGGUCCAGUGCUCGGAGUACAUGGUGGGGGGCGGGGGGAGGGAUGUCACAGAUUCCCCGGUUUCCCAGAACGACCCCCGGAAGGAGUGUGACCCUGGCCCGCUGCAUUGUAUGGGGUGCAGAGCAGGUGCAGGCCUCGGUCACCCUCGCCCAGCUUCAAUGCUUAAAUCGCCCUGGUCCCACUUCAGUGCUUUUCUUGGCAGAGCACAGGCUGGGGCAAGGUCGCCCCUCCUCCUCCCAGUGGCCUAGAAUAUGCGGAGCGCCUGCAGUUUCCGACGCUGCCGCGCGGGGCCGCUAUUGCACCCAGCGAGCAGCCGGCAGCUUCCUGCGGGGCGGCGGCUGGGCUCCCACCUCCACCACCCGGCGUCCGGGCACCCCCCCAGGACCCAGGACCGACCGCCUAGUACCGUUAGCAGCGCUAUUGACUGUUGAGAGUUCAAAGUCAACACAAAGAUUCCAAGCUUUCUGAGGCCAGACGAGGACGUCCUUCAGGCUGAGGCAGGGCUCGAAGCGGCUCCGCACUAUCCUGAGUUCCUUGGUGUUUUUGUUGUAUCUCCACCUCGUGGUUGAUGGGCACCUGCCACGUCCUGCUUGGCAAGAUCCAGGAGUUGAUCUCAGAGAGCCUUCAUGUAUCUUGGACUCUCAGACUAACCUUGGGAAAGAGAGCGCGCAGAAAUCUCUAGACCUUGGCCAUGAUCACUUCCUCCUUUCAAGCCUCUGUGGCAGUUUUUGCCCUGGUUACCCUGCAUGUCAGUGCCCGGGAUACAUUUAUAGCUGCCGUGUAUGAACAUGCUGUCCUAAGGCCAAAGGGCACAGAAACACCUGUUUCUCGGGACGAUGCCUUGCUCCUUAUGAACAAGAAUAUAGAUAUUCUGGAGAAAGCGAUAAAGCAGGCAGCUGAGCAGGGUGCUCAAAUUAUUGUGACUCCAGAAGAUGCACUUUAUGGAUGGAAAUUUACCAGGGAAACCAUUUUCCCUUAUCUGGAGGAUAUCCCAGACCCUCAGGUGGACUGGAUUCCAUGUCGAGACCCCCAAAGAUUUGGUCACACACCCAUACAAACAAGACUCAGCUGCCUGGCCAAGAACAACUCUAUCUAUGUCUUGGCAAAUAUUGGGGACAAAAAGCGAUGUAAUUCUCAGGACUCCACAUGUCCUCCUAAUGGCUAUUAUCAGUACAAUACCAACGUGGUGUAUGAUGCAAAGGGACAGUUGGUGGCACGUUACCACAAGUACCACCUCUACUCUGAGCCUCAGUUUGAUGUCCCUGAAAAGCCAGAGCUGGUGACUUUCGACACCACCUUCGGAAGGUUUGGCAUUUUCACAUGCUUCGAUAUACUCUUCCACGACCCUGCUGUGGCCCUGGUGAAAGACUUCCAUGUGGACACCAUACUGUAUCCCACAGCGUGGAUGAAUGUUUUGCCCCUAUUGACAGCUAUUGAAUUCCACUCAGCUUGGGCUAUGGGCAUGAGAGUUAAUCUUCUUGCGGCAAAUAUACACCAUGUGCAACAAAAUAUGACAGGCAGUGGUAUUUAUGCACCACAUUCGCCCCGAGCAUACCAUUAUGAUAUGGAAACAGACUCGGGAAGGCUCCUUCUUUCAGAAGCAGAUUCGCGUCCCCGAACCUCUCCUGCCUACCCCACAGCUGUGGACUGGAGUGCCUAUGCCACAAACAUCAAACCAUUCCCAGUCCAGAAAAAUACUUUCAGUGGGUUUAUUUCCCGAGAUGCAUUCAACUUCACAGCACUUUUUGAAAAUGCAGGAAAUCUUACAGUCUGUCACAAAGAUCUCUGCUGUCAUUUAAGCUACAGAAUGUUAAGAAAAGAAGAGAAUGAAGUGUAUGUUCUAGGAGCUUUCACAGGACUUCACGGCCGAAGGAGAAGAGAGUACUGGCAGGUAUGCACCAUGCUGAAAUGCAAAACGACUAAUCUGACAACUUGUGGACAACCGGUAGAAACAGCUUUGACAAGGUUUGACAUAUUCUCCCUAAGUGGUACAUUCAGAACAGAGUAUGUUUUUCCUGAAGUGCUACUUACUAAAGUUCAACUGUCACCUGGAAAAUUUGAGGUACUAAAAGAUGGGCGUUUGGUAAACAAGAAUGGACCCUCUGAACCUAUUCUGACAGUGUCACUCUUUGGGAGAUGGUACACUAAGGACUCACAUUCCAGCUCAGGAGGGAUCAGCAAUUUGGAAACAACUAACUUGCUAAUAGCCACUUUUUUAAUGAUCAUAACUUUGCAAAUAUUAUGAUGGUAUAGGACAUCACUUUUUCAUAUUUAUUUUUGCAGCAUAUAUUUUGCUAAAUGUGUUUAUCGGCUUUUCAAGUUUACUAAGAAACUUUGAAGGACAAUCUCAAUGGUAUAGACCAGUGAUGGCGAACCUAUGACACGCGUGUCAGAGGUGACACGCGAACUCAUUUUUUUGGUUGAUUUUUCUUUGUUAAAUGGCAUUU